UAGAGGCUAGCUUUGAUCAGCCACAGACAGGCUACAACGAGUAAAAACAACUGGGCAAUAACAAAAAGCAAGCCGCAAGCAGGGACAACUCAUGAAACAAGAAACCGUAUCGUUAUAAAACACAACACACCUUGCGCAACAAGCAGCUCAAUUUGCGACGGCAAUACAGUUUAUGCGACAUCAUUUUCUAGAGAUUUAGCUCUAGAGUCUUGCCACAAUAAUGCGAUGCUGUUCGUCCGUCUUGCGGCCCACCCUGUGCAUUCUGGCGAAUUGGAUAUUCUUUGUCACAUCGGGGGUGUCUCAGAAGAGCGAGCUGAGCUGCCAUUUUGGAAUGAUGUCUGGUGGACUCGCAGUUUGCCUUCUCCCGUUGCUGGUUUUCCCUCAGUCGGUCGUCCCACAAGAGAAAGCACUGUGGCAGGGAGAGGGCACGACAGCGGACUUACAGGAAGUGAUCCUCGGGAGGUGCUACAACUACAUCCGGGUGGUGAACCCCAGCGUUGGAGAGAAGAACUGCACGGCCAUAUGGAACGCCUUCAGGGAUGCUUUCAUCUACAGAGACCCCUGCAGCGUGACCGAUAGAGACUACCAGACCUUCAUCUCCCUCUCCCUGCACAGCAUCCCCCCUAAUAAGGCCCUGUUUUGGGAGAAGAACAAGCAGCUGGUGCACAGUUACUCUGACACUGGACGCAGGAUGAUGCCACUUGGGGAAACUCUGAUUGGUUGGCUGGGCGAUGACCUCACUUGGUGUGGGAACUCCUCUGGUGAGGGUUUGGACUCUGUGUCCUGCCCCACCACAGCUGAGUGCGAAAACAACCCUGUGGAGUCAUUCUGGAGGAUUGCGUCUUCCACAUACGCUAACCUGUCCUCAGGUGUGAUCCAGGUGAUGCUGAACGGCUCGGUCAGUGAUGGAACUUUCCCAGAGAACAGCUUUUUUGCUAAUUAUGAGCUCCCAUAUUUAAGAAAAGAUAAAGUUUCCAAAGUACAGAUCUGGAUAAUGGAUGACAUUGAAGGUCCUGAUGUUGAGUCCUGUGGUACUAAAAGUGUGGCCGUCCUGCAACAGAUCCUGGAACAGAAGGGAUUUGAGUACACCUGCGCUGAUAAUUACAGGCCAGUGCGAAUACUUCAGUGUGUGGACAGCCCCAGCCACCCAGCCUGUCUCUGUUCCAGCUCUGCCUCCACUCCAAACCUCUCUCCGCACCACCUGGUUAUUCUGCUCUUUUUCACUUUUCAGUGGACUGCUGUUGACUGAAUAUUAUCAGUCAUUUUCUACUCAAAUCUAAUAUCUGGUUGUCCAUCCUGGAGCAUAAUCUGUGAGACCCUUUGGCAUGGUCCGCAUGGUUGAUGGGAAAUCUGUGGAGAUUUGUGUUUAUAUUUUUUAAUAGAUUAUCUACAUUGACUUCCCUGAGCUCCAGUAACAUGUAAACUGUUUACAGCAGUGGUUAUGGAUAUUAUCAUUGUAAUGAUGGCAGUUGCACCAUAGCGAAGGCACUAGGAUCAGAAAUCAUCUUCUCUAAACAUGUUCACUAUGAGGGGAGCCGUGGCUCCUGUGAGUAAAACUCAGCGCUGAAAGUAAAACUCUUAGAUGAAGAUAAAUUUGAGUAAUUAUCACAAAUUUGAAAUAUACGAGCUACGUUUUAUAGCCGAUGAAAUAUAAUAUUAUCAUGUGAUUCAUAUCAGAUUGUGUACCAUGGAGCAUAUAAUGAAUGAACAUAUUAAUAACUCUACUGCAUGUAUAUUCUACUGUAAUAUCUUGGUGACAGCACAAAAAUUAUUUUUCAAGUAUAUUCAUUCUUAUAUUGUCCUGUCCUUGUUCAAGGCUGAUGUAGCCAGUAAAUAAACAGCUUUUUGUGACUGCGUCUGUUCUUGUGUUGAUUCUGAUAAUCAGCGCAGU